GGGCAAGCUGGGGCUGGGGUCCAGGUUGGCUUCCAGCCAGUCACCUGGUCCUUGCCUCCCCCAUUCUUCCCAGGCCCUGCCACAGAUCGCAGGAGCUGCCCUGGCCUCACUCAGCCAAUAUGGAGGAGGUGGCUGGGAAAGCCCCCUGUGAACACUUUGAGGCCAAUGUGCUUGCCCAGAGCUGCUGUCAAAACUGCUUCCACCCUGAGGAGGCCCACAGAGCAAGGCACCAGGAGCCCGGGAGCCCUGUAAGUGCUGAGGUGCCCUACUGCGACCUGCCCCGCCGCCCACCUGCCUCUGAGGACCUGCUCAGUGCCUCGACCGUCGGCUGCCAGUCCGUGGUGGGCCCAGGCCUUGGGCCGGGGCCAGAGAGGUGCCCUGCGGGUCUCCCUGCAGGGGGCCCCACCGCCGCCCCCAAAAGCGGGAGCCGGGAGCCGGGGGCAGUGCCCUAUCUGGGGGGCCUGGCCUCCUCGCUGUGUGGAAGCUUCGACGAGGGCCCUGACUCUGGCACCAGCUCCAGCCCCGACUGCGGCGCCCCUGAUGACACCAGCAACCCGUCCUCCACGGACUGGGACCCUGUCGAGAGGCGGGAGGAGGCCCCCAGCAGGGACGAGCUCACCGUGAUGAUCCCGCGGAAGCCGCAGGAGGGGCCAAGAGCUGACAGUGCCCGACGGGUUCCCUUGGUCCUCACCCGGUCCCCUGUGGGAGGAGACGCUGCAGGCCAGAGAAAGGAGGACACUGGCGGUGGGAGCCGAAGCGCCGGACAGCACUGGGCGAAGCUCCGGGGAGAAAGCAGGUACUUCUCCGUGGAGCGGCACCAGUCAGCGCUAAACCAGGCCACCUCCGCGACACCACAGAGCGGACCUCGAAGUGCCACCUCCCAGGCUUCCUCUCUCCAUUGCUCUGCCCAAAAGGACGUUGCCCAGGCUGCUUCCACACCACCCGAUACCCCCCGAGCCUCCUCUCCCCCAAGAAUCACCCAACGGGACAACCCCAGAACCUCGUCCACCCAACGGGACACCCCCAGGAGCUCUUCUACACAGCGGAACACCGCCAGAGCGUCCUCUCCCUCAAGAGUCACCCAGCGGGACAACCCUAGAACCUCGUCCACCCAACGAAACGAUCCUCGAGUUUCCUCUCCCCCCAGAGCAACCGAACAAGACAACUCCAGAAUCUCUUCUACCCAACAAGACAAACCUCAAACUUCUUUUCCUACGUGUACUCCCCAACAGGACAACCCCAGAGCCUCCUCUCCCAACCGAGCCACCCCAUGGGAAAACUCCAGAACACCCUGUGCCCAGCGGGACAACCCCAGAGCUUCCUCUCCCAACCGAGCCACCCCAUGGGAAAACUCCAGAACAUCCUGUGCCCAACGGGACAACCCCAGAGCCUCCUCUCCCAACCGAGCCACCCAACGGGAAAACUCCAGAACAUCCUGUGCCCAACGGGACAACCCCAGAGCCUCCUCUCCCAACCGAGCCACCCAACGGGAAAACUCCAGAACAUCCUGUGCCCAACGGGACAACCCCAGAGCCUCCUCUGCCAACCGAGCCACCCAACGGGAAAACUCCAGAACAUCCUGUGCCCAACGGGACAACCCCAGAGCCUCCUCUCCCAACCGAGCCACCCAACGGGAAAACUCCAGAACAUCCUGUGCCCAACGGGACAACCCCAGAGCCUCCUCUGCCAACCGAGCCACCCAACGGGAAAACUCCAGAACAUCCUGUGCCCAACGGGACAACCCCAGAGCCUCCUCUCCCAACCGAGCCACCCAACGGGAAAACUCCAGAACAUCCUGUGCCCAACGGGACAACCCCAGAGCCUCCUCUCCCAACCGAGCCACCCAAUGGGAAAACUCCAGAACAUCCUGUGCCCAACGGAACAAUCCCAGAGCCUCCUCUCCCAACCGAGCCACCCGGCGGGACAGCCCCAGAGCCUCCUCUCCCAACCAAGCCACCCAACAAGAAAAAUCCAGAACAUCUUGUGCCCAACAGGACAACCCCAGAGCCUCCUCUCCCAACCGAGCCACCCAGUGGGACAAGCCCAGAACUCCUUGUAUUCAACAGAACACCUCUAGAACCUCUUCUACCCAACGGGCUAACCCUAAAACCUCUCGUACCCAAUGGGAUAACCUCAGAACCUCUUUUACCCAGCGGGACAACCUGCAAUCCUCUUCCUUUCGGCGGGACGACCCUGGAAGCUCCUUCCCUCGGUGCUGCACCCCAAAGGACAAUCCUGGACUGUCCCCUCCCCAUCGCCCCGCUCAACGGCACAACCCCAGGAAUUCUUCACCCCACCGGACUAACAAGGACAUCCCCUGGGCCUCCUUUCCCCUCCGGCCAACCCCGAGUGAUGGCCCCCGAACCUCUUCCCCAUCUCGCUCCAAGCGAAGUGAGGCUCCCUGGGCAUCCAUUGCCCUCCGGCCAACCCAAGGUGACAGGCCUCAGACCUCAUCUCCCCCCAGACCAGCCCAGCGGGACCCACCCCAGUCCUCCUCUGGUCCUACCCAGCACAACUUCCCAUCCCAGGCCACUGCUCCCUCCCAUGGCCCGGGCCACCGCAGUGCCUCCCGGACUUCCUCGCCUCUGCACCCCACUACCUGUGGGGCACCCCAGACCUCUUCUGAGCCCUCCCAGCCUCCAUGUGCUGUGUGCAUUGGGCACCGGGAUGCCCCUCGAGCCUCUUCACCUCCUCGCUAUUUGCAACAUGACCCGUUCCCCUUCUUCCCAGAACCCCAUGCAUCUGAGAGUGAGUCGCCCCACUACGACCCACCCUGUGUGCCCCCAGCCGUGUGCAUUGGACACCGGGAUGCCCCCUGGGCUUCCUCACCCCCCCGCCACACCCAGUUCAACCCCUUCCCCUUCCUCCCAGACACUUCAGAUGCUGAGAUCCAGUCCCCCCAGCAUGACCCUCCUCAGUUCCCCCCACCUGUGUGUAUCGGGUACCGCGAUGCACCCCGGGCCUCGUCCCCACCACGCCAGGCCCCAGAGCCCUCCCUCUUGUUCCAGGAUCUGCCCAGGGCCAGCACCGAGAGCCUUGUCCCCUCCACUGACUCUCUGCAUGAAGCCCCCAACAUCCCCACCCCUGUGUGCAUAGGGCACCGGGAUGCCCCCUCCUUCUCGUCCCCACCACGCCAGGCCCCCGAGCCUUCCCUCUUCUUCCAGGACCCCCCUGGGACUAGUAUGGAGAGCCUGGCCCCUUCCGCUGACUCUCUGCAUGGCUCCCCAGUGCUGCCCCCACAAGUGUGCAUCGGGCACCGAGAUGCACCUCGAGCAUCCUCCCCACCCCGCCACCCACCCAGCGACCUGGCACUCCUGACACCCUCACCUCGGCCAGGCAGCUCUGGGGGCUCCUGGGGCUCAGCGCCCCCUGGGGAGACCAGGCACAACUUGGAGAGGGAGGAGUACACCGUGCUGGCCGACCUGCCCCCGCCCAGGAGGCUGGCCCAGAGGGAUCCAGGGCCCCAGUGCAGCAACGGGGGCCGCACCCGCAGCCCUGGCCGCGCAGAGGUGGAGCGCCUCUUCGGGCAAGAGCACAGGAAGUCCGAGGCACCAGGGGCCUUCCAGGCCCGGCACGAGGGGCGGUCGCAGCGGCCCGACCAAGGUCAGAGCCAACUUCUCCGAAGACAGUCCAGCCCUGCCCUCAGCAGGGAGGUAACCAAGCCCCUUGCGAACCAGGCAGAACCAGCCCGGCGGAGCCGAGCAGAGCUCCCUCAUCCCAGGAGCCCCAAGAGGCGGCCUGAGGGGGACCGGCGGCUCCAGGGGUCCUCGCUGCCCCCAAGGACAUCAGCCAGGACCCCUGAGAGGGAGCGGCACACAGAGAGACCUCUGGAGAGUGGCUGGGCAGGCCAAAGACAGCCUCUGGUGGGGUGGCAGAGUCAGGAGGGGCUGCCAGGACCCCGGGGCCCUCACAGACACCUGGAGACAGGCUGGAGCAGCCAGGAGGACCUAGGCCUGGGGGGUUGGCAAGGACCUGGGGAUCCCAGCUGGGGAGCUGCCAGAGCCCCUGAGGGAACAAGGAGGGGCCCUCCCAGGGAGUCUGAGGAGAGCUGGGGGCAGCUGGGUGGCCCCACCUGCCACAGGCGGCAAUCAGAGGCCUGGGAGGAGCCCCCCGACAAGCCAGCUCAGAGGGGCUGGGGCAUUCUGCAGGAGCUGUCCAGUGCCCACCAGCCUUUGAGCCCCCCAGAGAACUCCAGGGUGGGCCAAGCAGAGUUCUCAAAAUCCCAGCGGCCUGAGACACCCACCGCCACGGGCUGGGGGGCCGAGGGAGCAUGCCCACACCUGCACGGCCCUGAGAGGCCGCCUGCGCUUGACUGGAGGGACCUGGCGGGCCUUCUCAGGGCGCCCAGAGAGGAGGCCUGGGCCCAUACGGAGGAGCCCACGCUCACUUCCCAUCUGCCAAAGCUGGAUUGGGAAGGCCUCCUGGAGCUCCUGCAGGCCCAGCUGUCCCGAAAGGACCCAGCUGGACACUGGGGUGGCCUGGUCACAGCUUUGGGGCCAGAGCUGGGUUCCCCGGGCACAAAGGGUGCCCUGGAGCGAGAGCAACACAGCCAACCUGAAGGCUGGGCCGAGGCCACCCUAGUCAAUGGACACAGCCCUGGGCGGUGGCCUCAGAGUCUGCCCCAGCCGCCUGGCCCUGCCUGCACCUCCACCCAGUGGCCAAAGACCAAAGUGACGAGUGGACCAGAGACCUCGACUACAGCUGGUCUGGAGGAGACGGGCCAGCCGGCGAGCAGGAGCCCUGCAGAGGGCCCCAGCUUGCCGCCGUGGGAGUUCCAAUCAGAGGAGCCUGAAGAGUCAGAACCAAGCAGAGGGCAAGACUCACUGACUGACAAGAAGCAGGCAGACUCGGCAGACAAGAGGCCAGCGGAGGGCAAGGCGGGGAGCCCACUCAAGGGCCGACUGGUGACCUCAUGGAGGAUGCCCGGGGACCGUCCCACGCUGUUCAAUCCGUUCCUGCUGUCUCUGGGGGUCCUCAGGUGGCAAAGGCCCGACUUGCUCAACUUCAAGAAAGGAUGGAUGUCAAUCCUGGACGAGCCGGGAGAGUGGAAGAAGCACUGGUUCGUGCUGACCGAUUCAAGCCUCAAGUACUACAGGGACUCCACUGCUGAGGAGGCAGACGAGCUGGAUGGCGAGAUCGACUUGCGCUCCUGCACGGACGUCACUGAGUAUGCGGUGCAGCGCAACUAUGGCUUCCAGAUCCACACUAAGGACGCUGUCUAUACGUUGUCGGCCAUGACCUCGGGCAUCCGGAGGAACUGGAUCGAGGCUCUGAGGAAGACUGUGCGCCCAACCUCAGCCCCGGAUGUUACCAAGCUCUCCGACUGCAAUAAGGAAAACACGCUGCACAGCUACGGCACCCAGAAGGGCUCCCUGAAGGCGGGGGAGCAGCGCGUGGGCUCUGAGCUCAUCGGCCGGGGCGGUGGCCCGCGGAAGGCGGACGGGCAGCGGCAGUCGCUGGACUAUGUGGAGCUCUCCCCGCUGACUCAGGGCUCCCCACAGCGGGCCCGCACCCCAGCCCGCACCCUUGACCGCCCGGCCAAGCAGGAAGAGCUGGAGCGGGACUUGGCCCAGCGCUCUGAGGAGCGGCGCAAGUGGUUCGAGGCCACGGAGAGCAGGGCCACAGAGACACCGGCUGGCGAGGGGCCACGCCGGGGUCUGGGCGCCCCCCUGACUGAGGACCAGCAGAGCCGGCUCAGUGAGGAGAUAGAGAAGAAGUGGCAGGAGCUGGAGAAGCUGCCCCUGCGGGAGAACAAGCGGGUGCCCCUCACCGCCCUGCUCAACCAGAGCCGUGGGGAGCGCCGGGGACCCCCGAGCGACAGCCACGAGGUGCUGGAGAAGGAGGUCCAGUCUCUUCGUGCCCAGCUGGAGGCGUGGCGUCUCCAAGGGGAGGCCCCUCAGGGUGCACCCAGAUCCCAGGAGGAUGGCCACGUCCCCCCAGGCUACAUCUCACAGGAGGCGUGCGAGCGCAGCCUGGCCGAAAUGGAGUCCUCACACCAGCAGGUGAUGGAGGAGCUGCAGCGGCACCACGAGCGGGAGCUGCAGCGGCUGCAGCAGGAGAAGGAGUGGCUCCUGGCCGAGGAGACGGCCGCCACGGCCUCGGCCAUUGAAGCCAUGAAGAAGGCCUACCAGGAGGAGCUGAGCCGGGAGCUGAGCAAGACACGGAGUCUCCAGCAGGGCCCGGAUGGCCUCCGGAAGCAGCACCAGUCAGACGUGGAGGCGCUGAAGCGGGAGCUGCAGGUGCUGUCAGAGCAGUACUCGCAGAAGUGCCUGGAGAUCGGGGCGCUGACGCGGCAGGCCGAGGAGCGUGAGCACACGCUGAGGCGCUGCCAGCAGGAGGGCCAGGAGCUGCUGCGCCACAACCAGGAGCUGCAUGCCCGCCUGUCAGAGGAGAUCGACCGGCUGCGCGGCUUCAUUGCCUCGCAGGGCACGGGCAGCGGCUGCGGGCGCAGCAGCGAGAGGAGCUCCUGUGAGCUGGAGGUGCUGCUGCGAGUGAAGGAGAACGAACUCCAGUACCUGAAGAAGGAGGUGCAGUGCCUCCGGGAUGAGCUCCAGAUGAUGCAGAAGGACAAGCGCUUCACCUCGGGAAAGUACCAGGACGUGUACGUGGAGCUGAACCACAUCAAGACGCGGUCGGAGCGGGAGAUCGAGCAGCUGAAGGAGCACCUGCGCCUCGCCAUGGCUGCCCUGCAGGAGAAGGAGGCCGUGCGCAACAGCCUGGCCGAGUAGAGGUCCUCGUGGUCCAGCCCCGCUGCAGACCCCCGGCCCAAGGGGACCAGUCACCCUCCUUCCCUACUGGAUGGACGUCAGAAGCCAAGCUUUCUCCCCGCCCUCUGUGGGCCGCACGUACACACAGACACAGGCACACACACGCACAGGCACACACACGCACAGACACACACACACACUCUGCGUAUCUGAGCGUGCCCCUCGCACUGGGUCUUAUCUUGCACCUUCUUCAGGAUUUUAUAUGUGAAGAGAUUUUUAUAUAGAAUUUUUUCCUUUUUUUCCCAAAACACUUUAUACCUUUUAAAAAGCAGUUCCUGUGGCCGUGUGCCUCCCACACUGGUUCCCCUGUCUCUAGCCGCCUGCUUGGGCUUCUGGCUGUGGCCCUGCCCGGGGUCUGGUGGAGGCCCAGCAGCGGCCAGAGCAGGGUUGACUGCUGGGAGAGGCAGGGAGCCAGCACCCUCUUCCUACCCUACCUCCCACUAACUACUUCCUGCCCCGGGGGCUCCACACCCUGGGACUCUGGACGGAGGGACCGAUGGACAGAGGGAGCCGGCAGCUGUCCCCGUGGCCCCACCUCCUCGUCUGGGGGUGCUGGGCGUGGAACGCUGGAGCAGCCCCAUGAUGGUGUUUUUCCUGCUCCGUGAGCCUUCCUAACUUAAUAAAAUGUUCCAGCAGC